UAUUUUAUUGAGUUAUUCUUGCCUGCUCUCAAACCGCGCGUAUCGACUGAAUUCUCAUCACUGCUGACGUCAUGCAACAGCAAGGCUUCAAGGAAGUGCCCUCCCGUCAUUAACUGUUUUUUAUUGACGUGUUACGUUAUGUGACAGCAACUUCUGGUAUUCAUGGUGAGUGGUUGACAGGGCAUAAUAUCCUGAAUCUUUAUAAGAUAUCACUGAAGCAAGUAUGCAGUUGGCUUCAUUUUAGGCAGCGAGACAGAGGGUGUGAUGGGCGAGGCAACAUGGCGGAAGAAGCUCAAAGCCCCCUGGGACACUGGCCCCACAACCUGAGCUCGAUGCUGGCCAGCCUCGGCUGCACCCUCGGCCUCUUCAACAUCAGCCGCUUCGCCAUCUUCAGCAUCCAGUUCGGAGCCAACUUCAUUCUGCAGUUUUUAUUUCUAACGUUGGUACUCGGCAUCCCUCUUUACACAUUCCAUUCAUCAAUUGGACAAUUUCUGGCGUCUGGAGUUAUGGACAUGUGGAAAAUCUCACCUGUCUUUCAGGGAAUAGGUAUUGCACUCUUGGUUUCUCAAGCACUAAUUGGCAUCUACAGUAUUGUUGGAGUUUCCUGGAUGUUCAUUUACUUCAGAGAUUCUUUCAUAACUAAGCAGGACAGAUAUCGGUGGGCUGAGCCAUUUGAUCUGUACCAUGAUUCGGUGCCAUCUGAUAACGGCACCAAACUGGAAGACACUGUACCGGAUUAUCUGAGCGGUGUUGUUCUCCAACGUCAUGGACUUGCUAGUUCUGAAAACACAUUUGGCCAUCUCAAAUUUCAAGUGACAUUUAAUUUAGCUGUUGUCUGGAUGAUUGUAUUUGUUUCUCUUAGUAAAGGUCUCAAGUCAUAUGGGAAAGUCGUCUAUGUAUUUUCUCUAUUCCCAGUCUUUGGUAUGUUAAUACUCUGUACAAAACUGCUUGGCUUGACUCCUAGUACUGGAAGCAACCAAGUGUUUCCAGAAACUGUAUGGAAUGAAUUCUUCCUUAAUACUAAGUGUUGGGUUGCCGCAACAACAGAAGCUUUCUUCACGUGGGGGUUAUUAGGUGCAGCUAUGAUGCAAAUAUCAUCUCACAACAGGCAUAAGCAUCUCUUGCAAAGAGAUGUGAGCCUUGUGCACAUGAGAACAUACGCAUUUCUUCGCACGGGUGGUCUUCAACCAGCAUUUGUGAAAACGCCAGUUCGCUAUGUGCCUCAUUCAACUUUCAUUUGUGGAGUUCGUGUUAUACUAUCCAGUGCUAACUCAAAUCAAGAAAGUGGAUAUCAAGUUUUGCGAUUCGCAACAGAACUUGUGCCGUCAACAUUUGCUCUUCUUGGUGCAGAUCAAGUUUCCCCAUUUUGGGCAGUGCUUUUCUAUUUUGUUCUCAUUCUAUUUGGGAUUGCACAACAGCUGGCUAUUUGGCACUGUGUUAUUACUGGAAUAAUGGCUAUAAAUGCAACAAACUUAAAAUCAUGGGAAACAACAAUUACAUUUUUCAGUUGUGCAUGUGGCUUCAUUCUUGGAUUACCAAUGACUACUGAGCUUGGCAUUUUUGUUGUGUACUUUAUGGAUUACACUGUUGGUUGUGGAUGGUGGUUAAUGAUUCUCUAUCUUCUGGAAAUUGGAGCAAUAUUUGUAGUUCGAGGACGACCAUAUAGUGGAGAAAACGUUGUGACCACACUACUCAAUAAGGGAACUGGUUGUUUACAAGUUUGGGCUGCUCCAAUGCUUGUGUUUACAUGGAAUGUCAUUCUACCAGUUGCUCUAAUGGUCAUAUGCAUAACUGUAUUCAAGCAGGGCAAGUUCCGUGAAUUAUAUAAUUGGACAAACACUGGAAAUGAAUACUGGCCUUUGUGGUGUCGAGAAAUUGGGUGUUUGAUUCAGGUGUUACCCAUAAUUGCUGUACCAUUAGUAUGCAUUGUACAGACUUGCCGAUAUCUUUCAGAUGGACCUCCUGACAUAUUUGAUAGGAUACAACUUCUGUACCGUCCAUCUGUGGAACGUGAUGAUUCCCAAGAACAAAUCCAGCCAUCUGAUGCUUCAGGAACAGCUGCAUUGGCUACAACCAAUGCCAAUGUACAAGCAAGCACAACAUCAGAGGCACAGUUUGAAGACCCUCCUCCAAAGUACACCCCUCCCCCCUCGUAUACAACAGCAACAGGUGCUCGAAUCGCAAAACUGUUGCGACAAAGCUUCCGCCGCAGCAUGAGGCGCAUAACGAAUGUACUCAGUGACAACUCUGAGGGGAACGCUUCACCACGCACUCAACGAGGAAGGGCACCUCUUCCUCCGCCACCUGACUAUGCAGCAGUGCUAGUGGAAAUCAAUCAGGCGUUGGAGCAUCGGGAUCAAAAUACUCUAGACUCCAUGAAUGUGACAAUAAAUUUGGAUCAGGGUAGUUCAAGGACAGGAGUGGACACUCGAGUUUCAGGCAAUACUGGUCAAGCAUCGCACACUAGAACACUGGGGGAUAACAGAAUGUCUACCCUAACAGCAGCAGAUGUUGCUCACAUUCUUAGAAGUAGUUUACGAAGAACGCUACGCCACAGCAUUCCAAGAGGAGAUGGAAAUGAACAACUAGUGCAUGGAGCAGCUCCUAUCAAUCAAGAUACUCUUCGGGCGCAAACAAAGGCAGAUGAGCACAAUACUUCUGUGAUAUAAAUGUGCAUGUUAGUGUGUGUUUGCAAUACCAAAGUUGUAUUUAAUUAUGUGCAUUUGAAGGAAGGUGCUUUUUGUAAAAGUAAUUUAUAGGAUGCAUAACUGAUAAGUUACGAAUGUACAUAAAUUGUGUGAUUUGAAUCAUAAGAAAACUAAUAUUUACAAUUAGAAAUGUACAGUAAGUGUUAUUUAGAACAAAUGCUUGAUCUCAACAAAGAGACUUCACCAAGUGAAGAAAGCAAUCAGCAGUCGUCACUUUUCUCUCAUCCUCACCCUCAGGGUAUUGUGAAAGCAAAGACUUACAUUUGUACUCAGAUUUUUACUCGCAUCUAAAUAAUGCUUACCAUAUAUUAUAUAUACAUACAUAAACAUUAAGACUGAGUCCAGGUUAAAAAUUGUAUGAAAUACAGCGAAUUUUGUUAAUUAGUGUUCGUGAAUAAUAUUUUGUAUCAUUCCAUAUAGUUCUCCUAGUCUAUAUUGUAUGCAAGUAGUGGUAUUAUUGCAAAUAUCUAUUAUGCAAUAAGCAAUGUGUGAAACUGUGUAUUUUCCGUAUUAUAAUGAUAAUAAUAUCAACAAUAAUAGUAACAAUGAGUUCAGCAAUGCACCAUCAUUUACUAUGUAGAAGUGUCCUUUUGAUUAUAUGUGUAAACAUAAUUGAUAUUUUACUGUUACUAGAAGAAUUAUCUUCUUACGUAACUGUAAGAAGAUAACUUUAUUUAACAUCAUAAGAAAAUGUGAAAGAAAUGUUGCACUAAACACCUUUGCAAUUAUUGCUAUUCAGUACCAAUUAUUUAACAAAUUGUCAUUGUUUACAUGUUAUCUUGUCAAGACUGUUUGGGUGUUGAAUGCCUUACAUAAUAUAUAAAAAUCUUUUAUGGAUUUAAGUUUUCUUUUUUUUAAAAAAAAAUGUAUUCUCCAAUAUUUGACAAAUUUACUUUCUGCUCAAAAACAACAGGAAAACUCGGGUUUGUUACAGCAAUUGCAUCACUUAUCAUACAUCACAUUUUUUUAAACUUAAUCACUUAUUUUCAAACAUAUUGGUAUCAUUCUCUGAUGAGUCAAAUAGAAACUUUGAAACUGGAAGAGAGGAUUACAUGAAAACAAAAAUCAUUUUCAAAAUCCACAUUUUUACUCAAAUAGUUUAAUACUUGUAAAAAUUUAUUCUACUAGAGAGUGCAAUAAAAUUUUAUUCACAAGAAUAAAGCACUUGAGAUGACAAUAAGUAAUGAGAGCUAAAUUUCAAGAGUGAAUAAAAUCCUAUUUAAUCUCGAGUGCCAUAAACUAUUUCAUCAAUUGCUUCUAAGUAAAUGAAAGACAAAAAUUUCAAAUGAAUUUCAUUAUAUUGCUGAAUGCUGAGAAAUAUUAAAUAAUAUGAAAUAUAACUGAAAAUGAAUACAUCUCUCAUUGUUUUAAUGCUACCAAUAUCUAAUAUUUCAAUUUAUACAUUUACUGUAGAAAUAAAUCUAGAGGCCUGCAAAAGCAAAAAUGCUUCUGAACAAAUCUAUCCAAAAUAAAGGUUUUAGAAAACAUACAACGCACCCUGCUCAGGAACAACACAUAAAAUACCGUCGUAUACUGCAAUCAUUUAAAUAUUGUGACAAAAACAGUCUACGAAUUCUACAAUAAAAUACUAUAGCACAAUAGUAUAUGUACUAUACAAAAGACUUUUACUUACCAAGUAUAUAAAAAUAUUCUGCCAUAACACAAACUGUAAAUAAAAAAUAUUCACAAAUUUACUAACGAGCAGCCUUUUCCUUGAAGUCUGGAUGUUACAUAACAUCAGCUGCACCCUAAGUAGGGAUGGUAUAAUUAUGCAACUGAAGACAGUAUGCACUGUAUCAGAAUAGGCAGAAUGACACAAUCUAGUAUUCGCAUUUUUCAGUCAAAAUUGUGUUUCAUUGUUUUGACUUUCUCAUAUAUCUACAUA